AUGAACCCCGGUGAAGUGUUAGUCCGUCAUACCACAGGACCAAAUCAGAUUAUGAAUGAUGCGCCCUACCUAGUGAGAACGAUGAUGAUGAAUGAACUGAACCUGUAUAAGGCUUAUAACAUGAAAACGACAGCUGCAGAAGCCAUUCGACACGGCAAAAUCAGCCAGACAAUACUGACCAAUACACCAGAGGCAUAUGCUCCUUGA